GCGGGCGCGGCUGCGGUGGUGGCGCGAGCUGCGGCAGGAUCCGUUCCCUCCCAGUGAGAGGCGCUCGGGGCACCGAGGAGGAUGUGCCCGGCCCCUGCCCCAGCGCCGGCGCCGGGCUUCUAGCGCUGCUCGCUUCGCCUCGCCUCGCCUCGCCUCGCCUGUCCUAGCCUGGCCGGGGGCGGGGUGCCGGGGUGGGACAGGGGGGCGGUCGUGGGCUCGAUCCUCUCGCCGCUGCUGCCGCCUCCUCUGCCGCCGCCCUCGGUGGACCUUGGCGGGGCGCGAUGAGCGGCGCCGGGGCCAGGGCUCCGGGAGGAGAUGCUGCCUCUCAGGCCUCGGGGGAUCCCGGCGCCACCGCUGCCAAGGAUCCCGGCGGGGAGCCGCCGCCCGCGAUGCUGAGCGUGGACGUGCCGGGGCUGUGCGCGCAGUUCGCCCGCAGCUUCGUGUUGCUGUUCCCUGUGUACGUGCUGGGCUACCUGGGGCUGAGCUUCCUGUGGAUCCUGCUGGGUCUGCUGCUGCUCUUCUGGUGCCGGAGGAACAAGGGCCACAAGACCUCCCGCUUCUACCGGGCGCUGGCCUUCCUGGAAAACGAGGAGCAGGCGGUGCGGCUCAGCAUCUGCACCUCGGACCUGCCGGCUUGGGUCCAUUUUCCUGACACUGAAAGAGCAGAAUGGCUAAAUAAGACUGUAAAGCACAUGUGGCCUUUUAUUUGCCAGUUUAUAGAGAAAUUGUUUCGAGAAACAAUAGAACCAGCCGUGCGGGGAGCAAAUGCUCACCUCAGUACCUUCAGUUUCACAAAGAUUGAUAUGGGUCAUCAGCCCCUGAGGAUUAAUGGUGUUAAAGUAUACACUGAAAAUGUGGACAAACGGCAGAUUAUUUUGGACCUUCAGAUCAGUUUUGUGGGAAAUUGUGAGAUUGAUUUGGAGAUCAAGCGAUACUUCUGUAGAGCUGGAGUGAAAAGUAUACAGAUUCAUGGUACAAUGAGAGUUAUCCUAGAACCAUUGAUUGGGGACAUGCCAUUAGUUGGAGCUCUGUCCAUUUUCUUCCUCAGAAAACCUCUUCUGGAAAUUAAUUGGACGGGACUAACUAAUCUUCUGGAUAUUCCUGGACUAAAUGGCUUAUCAGAUACUAUCAUUCUGGAUAUAAUAUCCAAUUACUUGGUGCUUCCUAAUCGAAUCACAGUUCCUCUUGUCAGCGAAGUUCAGAUUGCUCAGUUGCGAUUCCCUAUACCAAAGGGUGUUUUAAGAAUACAUUUCAUUGAAGCUCAGGAUCUGCAGGGUAAAGAUACUUAUCUUAAGGGCCUUGUCAAGGGAAAAUCAGACCCCUAUGGCGUCAUUCGGGUCGGCAACCAAAUCUUUCAAAGCAAGGUCAUCAAAGAAAAUCUCAGCCCAAAGUGGAAUGAAGUUUAUGAGGCUUUAGUUUAUGAACAUCCUGGGCAGGAGUUAGAAAUUGAGCUCUUUGAUGAAGACCCAGACAAGGAUGAUUUCCUUGGAAGUCUUAUGAUUGAUCUGAUUGAAGUUGAGAAGGAACGCCUCUUAGAUGAAUGGUUCACUCUGGAUGAGGUCCCUAAAGGAAAAUUGCAUUUGAAACUGGAGUGGCUCACAUUGAUGCCAAAUGUUUUGAAUCUUGAUAAGGUGCUAACAGGCAUUAAAGCUGACAAAAACCAAGCCAAUGAUGGCCUUUCUUCUGCAUUGCUUAUCUUAUAUUUGGAUUCAGCAAGAAAUCUUCCAAGUAUCUACGAGGGAAACUUUGGGUGUGGCUACUUAAAAGAGAGGAGAGCAUCGGGACUAGUCUUUUGUGAAAAUACUACCUCAGUCUAUAGAGCCCUAUUUAGUAAUCCAUUAGAAUUUAACCAUGAUGGCUUGAAGAAGGCUGCAGUUCAGAAAGCUUUAAAGUCUGGGAAGAAAAUAAACAGCAACCCUAACCCUCUGGUCCAAAUAUCAGUUGGACACAAGGCCCAGGAGAGCAAGAUUCGAUAUAAGACCAAUGAACCUGUCUGGGAAGAAAACUUCACCUUCUUCAUUCACAAUCCCAAGCGUCAGGACCUUGAAGUUGAGGUCAAGGAUGAACAGCAUCAGUGUUCCUUGGGGAACCUGAAGAUUCCUCUCAGCCAGCUGCUGGCAAGUGAUGACUUGACUAUGAAUCAGCGGUUCCAGCUCAGUAAUUCUGGUCCAAAUAGCACUAUAAAAAUGAAGAUUGCCCUCAGGGUGCUAUAUCUUGAAAAACAAGAAAGGUCUCCAGAUCACCAACAUUCAGCCCAAGUAAAGAGACCCUCUGUUUCCAAGGAAGGGAGGAAAACAUCUGUCAAAUCUCACGUCACUGCACCUGCAGCUUCUGAUUCCAGCAAAAUGGUCUCAGCCCCACCAGUACCUGACAGUAUAAGAAAGACUGACAUGGAUGAAAAAGGUCAACCUCCUAAUGCCAGUCCUCAGUGGCCAUCUGAUCUCAGCCAAAGUUCCUCCAGCCUCCACACCUCCAAUGUAACCUCUUCCCCAAGUCACCUUUCCAUCAAGGAGCCCACCCCCAGCAUAGCAUCAGACAUCUCACUGCCCAUUGCCACACAGGAACUUCGGCAAAGACUUCGACAGCUUGAAAAUGGAACAACAUUGGGUCAGUCUCCCCUGGGGCAGAUUCAGUUGACAAUACGUCACAGUUCACAAAGAAACAAACUUAUUGUAGUUGUGCAUUCCUGUAGAAAUCUCAUUGCCUUUUCUGAAGAUGGCUCUGAUCCAUAUGUCCGAAUGUAUUUACUUCCAGACAAGAGAAGAUCAGGAAGAAGAAAAACACAUGUAUCAAAGAAAACAUUAAAUCCAGUCUUUGAUCAAAGCUUUGAUUUUAGCGUUUCAUUACCAGAAGUGCAAAGGAGAACCCUUGAUGUAGCUGUCAAGAACAGUGGUGGCUUCUUGUCCAAAGACAAAGGGCUUCUGGGUAAAUUGUUGGUAUCUCUGGCCUCUGAGGAUCUUGCCAAAGGCUGGACCCAGUGGUAUGACUUGACGGAAGAUGGUACAAGACCACAGGCUGUAAACUAGAUCCUCUUUCGACAUGAAGAAUUUCUCCUUGCAUAUUGUACUUAGCCAAUCUUUAUACACUUUGAAUGCAUCAUUUUCACAGAUGUUUCAAUAUUAUUUUUAUAGUUUUAUGUAUUUAGUUAUUACACACCCCAAAGGUUUUAUAAAUUUUAACACUUCGACAUUUUUUGCAGAUUUAGCCAGUUUUAUUGUUAAAUUUCAUAUUUUAAUUUACUCUAAUAUUUUGCCUAUUAUUACAAUGUGCAAUAGAGUGGUAGGGUGAGCCAUUGUUAAAUGGAAACAUUUGUCAUUUGUGUCUUUUAGAAAAUGAAUAUAUGAUAUGCUUUAUUACUGCCUUGUUUUGUAUAUCACCAAGGCACACUAUGCCAUGUAAAUAGACUAUUUUUUAUAAUCUCUUCAUGCUGGUUUGAAGUCAGAUGAAAAUGGAUCAAGGGAAUAUAUAUAUUUUCUUCAAGUUCAUAUUAAAUUCUUAUGACAGAUAAUCCUUUUAUUUGGCCUUUGCAGCAAAAUGGUCUCAGUGACUUAUUUUGUGUGGUUUCUUUUUAAAAAAGAAAAAACUGAAAAAACUUAAAAUUAGUGUUUUUCUUGCCCAUUGUGGCUUAGUGAAACUGUACAAAAUAUUAACAUUUUUACAUUAAGUUCUAUUAUUGAGAAGUCAUGAUAAUGACUACUGUAAGAAAAGUGUUUUUAGUACUAAGAAAUAUAUAAGUAUUAUAUUUGAAGAGAGGGUUGUCAUGCUCCACAAAAUCAUAGAGUACAGAUCUGGGCUUUCUUACAUAGAAAUGAAGACAUUUGCAAUGUAAUAUUUUGAAUUUAUUUUUAAUUGCCUGUUUAUUGUAACUUAUUCAUGUAAUCUAAAACUUAUAUAUUAUCUCUUUCCUAAAAGAUGAGUAAAGCAAUUUUCCAAAUUAGAAAUUAGAUGUCAAAAAUAAAUGCUCAUAAAUCAUAUUAAUUUUCAUCAUUUUUACAGCCUAUUAAAAAAGAUUUAUAAACUUAGCAAUGAAAAGCUGAGAAUGUAUAUUGUGAAAUGUUGAAUUCAAACCCAAUCUUUUUCUUGACCCCACUUCAGUGAAGUGAAAAAUUUGCUUUUAAUGACACAGUUUGUCCUGAGUUUAUACCAUGUAUCAGACAUUAUCACCAUUAAACUGAGACAUUAUUACAUUCUGCUGCUAUGUAGAGGUUACUGGUAUGACCAAAGGGGAUUUAACAUAGCUGCAGAGUUGUGACUAACAGCAGCUAUUGGCUAUAACACAAAAUUUUAUUGGUUUUAUUAGUUUGGGUCACGAACAUUGUUAUAUACAAAAUUUAGAAGCCUCUUUUAAAGACUUUGAGAGCAUGUUUCACACACAGAAGCCUGCUUAUGUGUGGAGGAAUAUGCUAUGCACUUCAUAUACAAAAAGUAUGCACCUAGUUUAAAAAUAAAAUUUUUUUUUUAGUCACAUGACUUCGUUAACUAUGAGAAUAAGUUAAGGUUAUGUAAUAAAUUCUUUUAAAAACAGCUUUAUAAUGAACUCAGCUCAAGUUUCAUCAAACUCAACAACUUAUGACAGCUCACAUGACCAAACAUACCAAAGUGCCUGUUGUGGAUAUUAGAUUCCAGAACCUUCUAAUUUAACAUCAUUUUUAGUUGAUAAUAAGUACUUUGAUUCCUGAGGUCUACUUACAGUGGGAGUCAGUAUCUUCACUACUCAUUUUCACUCUGAUAAAAAUGAUAGUGCCACAGUGAAGUGAAAUAAUUGUGUUACCUUUAAAUGAAAUUUCACUGGAAGACCUCGUCGUUAACAGGCUCCAAUGUGGAUAUGUGUCAUGUUGGUGACCAUUCCAGAAGAAAGUGUGUUUAUAUAUUCCGUAUAUAUACAUAUAUGUAUAUAUAUGUGUGUGUAUAUAUAAUAUAUAUCUCACAGUCCUAUAGCAUGAGAGAGAUCUAUAUAUUAACCUGUUAAAAUCUAGUUGUCUAUCCAUGAUUUACUGAACAGCACCUUUUUACAGUGAGUUUUUGCUGGGCUUCUGGCACAGCCUGAAAGAAGGGAGGAGAAAUGAAACACUUUUAACUUCACAGUCAUCUGGAUUAAAGUUCUGGAGCAAAGGAAUUUUACAUACAGUUAUUUGCUUCUUCACCUAAAAGAAUAUAUAUGUCUAUAUAUAUAUAUAUUUUUUUUUUUCCUUUUUGGAACUAAGUGCUUCAUUAGAUUAUUUAGGACAGUGCAAAUGCAACUGGGGGGGAAAAUGUCAAGAGAAACAAAAGACAAAGGUCAAGCAAUUUGACAGUGCUAUAUUUAGUAGCCUAGCCCCAGAGCUUUUUGUGAGGCACAGUUCCUGUUGCUGUUAGUCAAGUACCCUAGGGUUGCUAUCAACAAGGAGUUUGAUUCCUAAAUGAUGCGAGAAUUGACCUUUUUAUCUGUAUGAGUAUGAGAAUUCCAAUUCCUGUCCUUAGUUUUUUAAAAGAAAAGAUGAUGACAGCUUAAGGUGGAUAUCAUAGCAUCAUAAAAACAAUGGUAAGAUUAGGAAUGGGGUGGGGGUGGUGAUCUAGUAUGAAAUACCUGAAAGAUUAGAUCAUGGAAUGUUCAUGAAAACUAGAUUGUUAGAACCAUAUUCUUAAUAGUGGAAAAGUUCAGUUUGUAUUGAUUUUUAAUUUUUGAUACAUGUGUUAAGUGCGUAAGGAGGACUUAACACUUUUCAUUUUGAGCCAAACAGGGGAAAAAAAAAUAUCAUCUUAAAUCAGUUUCAAACAGCAAUUCUGGUUAGUUUGUACAUGUGGAUUGUAUAUCCUGUGCCUUAAAGUAUCAAGUGCAAAAGUAUUAUUGUCUUCAAUGUUUCAAAAAACUAAAUGAAAUUUUUUUUUUGCUGUACAUAUCACCAUUUAUAUUUUAUGCUAUGAAAAUUUCUACAAAAAUUCCCUUGCUUUGGUGAGAAGGGCUUUAAAAAAUAAAUUCCAAAAAAAAUCAGUGAAAGUGUACUCCAAAUGUGAUUCAGUGUGGGUAGCACUUGUAAUUUGGACUAAAUAAAGUUGUUCUUUUUGUCAUAAUUCCUUCUAUUUCAGAGUUGCAGAAAUCUGUAAAAUUGGAAGUCAGUGAAGAGGGACUUUUUUAUUAUAGGUUAUCCUUUUUUGCUUAAGUAAUUUACAUGACAGUGCAUGUAUUUAUUCAAUAAACAAUUCAUAUGGUGGAUGGUU